UCUCUGUUUGAGCGACGAACCGUUGUUUGUCCCAUUCAACCAAAGCAAUCCACGCACUUAUCUCUAACCUCGUAACCGCAACAUCAGAUUCCCACUGCCGCCGCCGCCGCCGCCGCAGUUCUUCAGUUGAUGGGUCGACGCGCGGCGAAGCUCAAGGACCUUUUGGGCACGAUGAAGGACAAGGCCGCCCAGGGAAAAGCGGCCCUCCUCCACUCCUCCGGGCAGGGCGACGGCUGUCCGCCCUCCUUCCACCUCCCCCUCCUCCGCGCCACCACCCACGACCCCCUCGCCCCUCCCAAGCCCAAGCACCUCGACCUCCUCCUCUCCGCCGGCCACUCCUCCCGCGCCACCGCCUCCCUACUCGUGCUCGCGCUCAUGGACCGCCUCCAGUCCACCCGGGACGCCUCCGUCGCCGCCAAGUGCCUGAUCGCCGUCCACCACAUCGUCCACCGCGGCUCCUUCAUCCUCCAGGACCAGCUCUCCGUGUACCCCGCCACAGGAGGGAGAAACUAUCUGAACCUGUCCAAGUUCAGGGACGAGACGACGCCCUUCAUGUGGGAGCUGUCUUCAUGGGUCCGGUGGUACGCCCGUUACCUCGAGAACCUCCUCUCCACGUCGAGGGUCUUGGGCUAUUUCCUCUGCUCCGCCUCGAGCACGUUGGAGAAGGAGAGAACAGAAGAGAACGUCUCGACUUUCACCAACUCCGACCUUCUCAAGGAGCUCGACUCCCUCGUCGAUCUCAUCGAAGAGACGUGCAAGAUUCCCGAUUCUCUCUACCGAGACAACCAGUUGAUCCGGGCGGUGACGGGUUUUGUGUCGGAGGACUAUCUGUCUGCGAUGGAGGCGAUCUCGAUCCGGGUCCGCGAGUCCGGACAUAGGCUGAGUUGUCUGAGCUUCGGCCACUCGGUCGAGCUGGUGUGCGCCCUGAGGAGGCUCGAGCGGUUCGAGGAGAGGCUGUCGGCGCUGUUCAGUCACAAGACUGUGGCGUUCGAGGGUUUCUGGAUCUCCGUGGCUGAGACGAGAGCGAAGCUGGAGUCGUGGAGGGAGGUGCAGUCCGCGUCGCCGCCGUCGGAGAAGAGGAGGGUCGGGGUGAGCGAGUCGGCCCGGUUCGGAGGGCGAGUUCCGAUGGGUUCGGCCGGCGACUCGCUCAAGUUCUCGUCGGGGAGAUUAGCGGGUUUGACCAGAUAUCAUUUGCCCAUCCAUGAGUCGGUCGAGCCGUUUGCUUGAUGGCAUAAAAGUUUUCUUUCUUUUCUUUUUCCUCGACAUGUUUUAUGAAGCGUAGUUAUAUAUAUACAAAUAUAUAAAUAU